AUCUCCAUCGGCUUGGGUAUUAAAGGAGAGAAGGUGGACCCCGGUUUAGUCCACUGAUUCGGACAGGAAAGAGUGUGAGACAAUCAUCCAGUCUGGUUGCAGCUGUCGCUACACAAAAGGGCCAGCGGAGACAACUGCAGCAGCAGCCAGCUCUACCAGCUACUACCGGCACCUAAGGUAGCGGAACCCACGGCAGCAUUGCCCAACGGGAGAGAAGUCCACGACAAUAACCUCCUUGGUCGAAUAACUCGGAUUUCGAAGGACACACAAACAAUACAACCCCCUGCGGACCAAGUUCACAAGCAGGCACCUGCAAAUAGAAGGUGUUGUUCGCGUGUGUUUUCGGCCGUCGGCGGUGUGUCGACGCCUACAUCGCGCGCCAACACAAUGGAAGGGUCGCCGCCAGAGCCGCAGAAACCGUUGGCAUCGUCUCCCGGAUCGAUGUCUAAUCUCGACAGCUUCUUCAAGCGCCUCGGUCAGGGACAGAGCUCGCGCUUGUGGGCGGGUCCUGGGCGAUCCGGCGCGGUGCCCGGCUCUCUUCGAACAUCGCGACUGCAACCGCGCAACAACGGCAGAGAUAUUUCACGUCCAGCAGCGGCGGCGGCGGCGGCAACAGACGAAGACUCACACAAUAGAGGGGUGAAUGGCGGCGGAGCUAGUGCUGGUGCUGGUGCUGGAAACGCGGAGAAUGACCGCGGGCGUCGAAACGGUGCGGCGGAAGACCUCUCGCCGUUCGGAACCCGCCAGGGCUGGAGCGAGGUAACUGGAAGCGGCGGAGGGGGCACUGGGGGCGUGAACCGACCUAGCGGCGGUGGGUCUGCGGGAGGAACACCGUUUGGGUCCGGCUCCGGCGCCCGCAGCAGCAUCAACAGCAGCGGUUCGCCCUUUGGAAGCCCCCAAGCCCUUGGGAACGACCUCAUCUCGGCGCCGCCGUCGCCGUCGCCAGCGCCCCCCCUGCCCCCGAACGCAACCACAGCUUCACCGCAAGCCCUAUCGGCAGCAGCUGUAAUUGGAGCGAGACCAGCGGCAACAAAACAGCAAUCCAAGCCGUCACCACCACCACCAUCACCGACGCCUGCCGCCGCCCCAGCGCUAGCGACCCGGCCGAGUUACAGAGAUAAACGGUUCGACGACGUCCUCGGCGAGGAGGUCGUCGAGCUCGACGAGCUUCGAAAGCUGAGCUGGAACGGGGUGCCGCCGGUCCACCGGGCCGCGGUUUGGCAGCUGCUGGUGGGGUAUAUGCCGGCGAACCGGGCGCGGCGCGGGGCCGCGCUGGAGCGAAAGCGCCGAGAGUACUGGGAGGCGGUGCCGCACUACUUCGACGUGCCCGACGCCGCGCGAAGCCUCCAGGAGCAGAACAUCCUGCGGCAGAUUCUGGUGGACGUGCCGCGAACCUGCCCGGACGUGCCGUUUUUUCACCAAGACAAGGUUCAACGUGCGAUGGAGCGGAUACUGUACAUAUGGGCGAUCCGACAUCCCGCCAGCGGCUACGUGCAGGGAAUCAACGAUCUCCUUACCCCCCUUUACGUCGUGUUUCUCUCUGCACACGUUGGCCCGUCCGUUGAGUCCAAGGACGUUAGCAAGGUGGACAAGGCGCUGCUGGACGAAGUGGAGGCCGACGUCUACUGGUGCCUUACCAAGCUCCUCGACAACAUACAGGACCACUACACGGCGAUGCAGCCGGGGCUGCAGCGCAUGGUGCUUCGACUAGAGGAGCUCGUGCAAAGGAUCGACGCCGAUCUCCACCGGCACAUAACCGACGAGGGGUUAAUGUACAUGCAGUUCGCGUUCCGCUGGAUGAACUGUCUGCUGAUGCGGGAGCUGCCACAGCGGGCGGUGGUGCGGGCGUGGGACACCUACCUGUCGGAGGAGAACGGCUUCGAGUCGUUCCACGUCUACGUGUCGGCGGCCUUGCUGUGCCACUUUUCGGGCACCCUACGGGAGAUGGAUUUCCAGACUAUGGUGAUGUUCUUGCAGGACAUGCCAACCAAGGAGUGGGGGGAAGAAGAGGUGGAGCCGCUGCUCUCCCAGGCGUACAUUCUCAGCACGCUCUUCGAGGGGUCGCCCAACCAUCUCGGCGCAGCCUAGAAACCCGCCGCCACCGCCGCCG